AGUACUGAUAUAUUUGUCAACCGAUACCCAGAGGACGGUGGAGACAAUGAAGGGCCGCACUAUUGGGCCGCUGCUGCCGGCCAUCUGAUACAGUACUUAAGUCUAUUGUCAUCGGCGACUGGCAAUGACAUGAAAUGGUCAGCGAAUCAGUUGUUACGAAAGACGGGAGACUAUAUCUAUGGGGUGCACAUAGACCAAGAUCACUUCUUUAAUUACGGGGAUUCUUAUCCGCGAGAAAUAUACGAUCCCUCUGUUGUUCUUGAAUACGGAAAGUUUGAAGGCAUUGCACCAAAAGCUCCCCAACCCAUUGAGUCGUGGUUUCCAGACCUUCAGUUGAUUACAUUGCGAACAAAUGAAGGAUCACCUAAAGGCUUAUUUUUGGGGGCAAAAGCUGGAGCUAAUUAUGACACUCAACACAACCACAACGAUGUGGGAAGUUUUGUUGUGUAUGUGGACGGUUUGCCCGCCUUGAUAGACAUAGGAGUGGGCACCUACACCAUUAAUACCUUCAGUAAAGAUCGAUAUAGUAUUUGGACAUUUCAGUCUCAAUGGCAUAAUAGCCCAACCAUUAAUGGUAUUGAACAAGAGUGCGGACCUCAAUAUGCGGCACAGUACGCCAAAUAUACGAAAUUAGAAAACGGGGGACAAUUUGAGGCAGACAUCGCUGGCGCUUAUCCUACAGAAGCACAAGUGAAGAGUUGGAGCGAAGACUCCAAAAUAGAGGACUCGUGGGGUAAACACAUCAAUAGAGUGUCAUUAGUACCUAAAAAGGAGUCACUUGAGGGACAAUUUACAGUAACUUUCCACUUGUAA